AAGAAAACUUUGCAAGGGGUUUUAGCAUUCUUCACCAGAAAAGGGAAAAGGGUUUAGCUUUCUCCACACCGCUACGAUCCAUGGCGACUAUCAUUUCCAGGACCGUAAAUCAUCUUCGUUACGUCAACCGCUCUCUGGUCCGAUCCAGGUUGCCGAUUUCGUCACCACGGCUCGCUGAGUCUCUUCAAAAUCGGCAUCUUCCACUCCUUCAACAGUCGCUGGGGAUUUAUCGAAGAUGUUUUCUUUCAACCACAACCAAUACUGCAGCAAAUGAAGGAAACCCAGAAUCAAAAACUUCAGAAAAUGCAAAUUCUGAUAAUUCUGGCGAUGGGAACAAGUCUGGGGAAUCACAUGAAAGUAAUAAUGCUGGAAAAUCUGUUCGAGGAGGGCCGGUUUCGUGGUUGAGUUUUCUGCUGCUGGUAGCAACUGGAGCUGGAAUUGUACUCUAUUACGACAAGGAAAAGAGACAACAUAUAGAAGAAAUAUUUAAAGCAUCCAAGGAAGUAAAGGAAGGACCAUCUGUGGGAAAGGCUGCCAUUGGAGGUCCAUUCAAUCUUAUCAACCAUGACGGGAAGCGAGUAACUGAAAAAGAUUUUUUGGGGAAAUGGACAUUGCUAUACUUUGGUUUCACUCACUGCCCUGAUAUCUGCCCAGAUGAGUUACAGAAGUUAGCUGCUGCAGUUGAUAAAAUAAAGGAAAAAGGAGGGAUUGAGAUAGUGCCCUUGUUCAUAUCUGUUGAUCCUGAAAGGGACACCGUUGAGCAAGUCCGUGAAUAUGUCAAAGAGUUUCAUCCAAAGCUGAUCGGGUUAACUGGUAGCUCGGAUGAAAUACGGAGCGUGGCUCGUGCAUAUCGAGUAUAUUACAUGAAGACGCAAGAAGAAGACUCAGAUUAUCUUGUCGACCAUUCCAUAGUCAUGUACUUAAUGAGUCCCAAAAUGGAAUUUGUUAAAUUUUUUGGGAAGAACAAUGAUGUUGAUUCACUUGCUGAAGGUAUAACGAAAGAGAUCAAGCAGUACAAGAAGAAAUAGAGGAAUAGUUUUCCCUUUCAUUCCCAGUGAAUAACAUUUGUACGGUUUCUUUUGAAUUUAAGAGAAUGUGAUGAGCAGCUACUUAUAUUUGAGAAAUUAAUUUCAAUCCAAGACAUUUUCAUGGAGUGACAAUUUUCAGGAAA